CACGGACCUCACUUUCUUCUCCGAACGAAUCCCGUGACGUCGUGUGGCUUGCUUCAACAUCAACUUCCCCAAUCAUCUUCAGGUGAUACGGAGUAGGAGCUUCACCAUGGCGGCUUUAAGAUUCGUGAGAUCAGUCCUGAAGUCGUUUCAAGCCGAGUCUGGGCUCGAGCCGAGACUAUUCGGGGAGAAUAUUCGAGUCACGGCUGCGGAACCUGGCCGGGUAGAUUUCGAGCUUGAUAUCAAGAAAGAACAUACGAAUCGUCUCGAUAUUAUCCAUGGUGGAACAAUUGCAAGCAUGGUUGACCUUGGAGGUUCACUAGCGGUUGCUUCAAGAGGUCUCUUUGCAACUGGAGUAUCAACAGAUUUGAAUGUCACAUACCUCAAUUCCGGUGGUCAAGUCGGCGACGUCUUGAAAGCUGUUGUGAAAUGUGAUAAAUUCGGAAAGACGCUAGCAUACACAUCCAUACAGUUUACGAAUGCUAAAGGAGAGAUUGCAGCAAGAGGAAGUCACACAAAAUAUGUUGCACUCGCCCGGAAGCACCCUCAGAAUAUCGUUGAGAAGUUGUCACAUCCUCACCGGAAAUAAUGAGCUGUCAGAAGGCCAAGAAAUCCUGCAGUUCAAACUUUGCAACGUUGCACUGCUCAGUCGUAUUUGGGCCAAGGAAAUAAGCAGACAUCAUGAAAAAAACUCUACAAAUCGUCUAACAAUUGGGAGCGUUCCCGCGAUCCCGGCCG